UCACCUUCUCGAAUACUGGUGCGGUCGACGUGGAGUACAUGUGGCAGAUAAAUAUGGACGAGCAGUACCCGAUGAGACGAACCGCAAAUUAUUCGCGACUCACGCUGGGACCACAGGGAGAUAUGCGAUCUGCGACUAACUCGUUGGUACACACUCAUGAGUCUCGCCAGCGACCUGAUCAAUAUCACGCGGCGGAGCUAAACGAUAAAGGCGCUAAAUUAAAUCGACGAUGUCUGACGUCAUCUCGAGAAGAUAUCGUCAAGAUAAAACUACCUGCUAGCGCCCACGAUCCAUCCGAUCUCUUCAGCAGUAGUGCCGGAUUGACAGAGCGAAGUAGCGACAGUUGGUUAGAGAGUGACGAUUUGCCGUUUGGGAUUUACCCCGAAAAGGGAAUCCUGCUGCCGGGUGAAUCGGCAAAAUUCACCCUGCGAUUUUCUCCUACGGACGUGUUCGACUACAAAGCGUAUCUCACAUGCAAGAAGUAUAAGGCUUUAUACAGGGUGUCCCGUGUAAGACGGACCAAAAGAAAAAUAUAAGUAGAACACAUAAAAGUGAACAAAAAUUGUACACGUCAUUUUUCAAACAACUACGUAAAAUUUUAAUCCAAGAAGAUUCGCGAAUGAUCAAAUGUGAUAAGAUAGAUGAGCUGCGAUGGCGAGGUUUGCCGUUGUAUGCUUGUAUAUUAGAUCAAACUGAACAAAAAAGUUUUCUUUCAUUUUCUAAAUGACACGUAGAUGUUUAGUUAUUAGUUGAAAAAGAUUGGUGCAUUAUCGCAUACAACUGUAUUGUGACGUGGCAGUGGUGCAGCUGCACGUCACAAGAGGAUUAAGCUGUCGAAUCAAGAAAUUAGAUUGAUUUCUUAGUGAUCGCUCGGGCUAAGCCGCGAGAAAUUCGUGCGAAUAUUUACAUUUUCGAUAGCGGUUUCCGAUAGUGUUUAUGUGUCGUACCAUCGGCGUAGCUAUCGGAAACAUUCGGAUUUUCGCGUUAGAUUAGCGAUUCGCGCGUCCCGAAUACCUGUGUCCUCGCGGCUCCCGAAACUGACAACAGGAGGUCGAGAGUGAGGAAACAUGGAAGCACAGCGUGGGACAAGAGCUUUCUCUCUGGGAAACCCCACAGAGAACCAGAGUGAGUCCUCAUUAUUCAAAUAAUACUGGCUACGGGACAACAAUAACAAUCUCGGAACAAAGAGAUGACCUACCAGACUUGUAUCGACUCGUUCGGCCAUCUUUUGCGUUGGAAUUAGCAUUGAGUAACGAUUAUUCGGUAAAGUGGUGUGGUCUGCUUCGCAUCUGGCGUCCAACAUCUUGAGUUCCGCGAGCGGAGCGUGGGAGGGUGGUAUUUUGCGCUUUAUAUCGUAGAC